AUGUAGUUUGUUAUAGUUACCAGUCUUUUCUCUCAGUGUGCGGAUCAUUAUGCCGAAUAUGUUUCGAAUACGUUCUUUAUAUAACAGCAGAUUUUAUUACUUUCUAUUAAAUAAAAGAUAUAAUAUUUAUAUAUUAUUUAGAAGAUAAGAGAUAUUAUUUAGAUUAUUAUUUUUAUUAUUUUUAUUUUUAUUAUUAUUUUAUUAUUUUAUUAUUAUUUUUAUUAAAUAAAAGAUAUUAACAAGAUAUUAUUUUCUAAUAAAUAAAAUAAAAGAUUAAACUUACGAUAAAAUUUAUGGGGCUCUAAUCGUUGAUAUUAUGACAGGCGUACAGUUGACUUGUUGCGUGUAUUAAAACGUCACUCUCGUAGUAAGGGUGUUUCACAGAUAUAAGCCGUGGAACAGUCCCAUAUUAAUAGUCACGUGCUCAUCGAUCCGCCUUUGUUAUCCUUCGGGGGUUGAAUCGGCACCGGAGCCUCGUGCGUAUUCGAAAGAUAUAAAAGUCGAUAGCGAUCGACCCCGGGGAAGCCUAUUGCAUUCAAUGGCCUAUCCCUCCUCGCAUUCGUAGAUUCUAUCGGGUAUUCGCGAUAUGUUCGUACAAGCUGAGCGAGCAUGUCGCAUCCCACUCGAUUCACGAGCGCUGUUUCCAUACUCCGCUGAAAUUAAUUGGCCGAGUAAUGGCCGAGAAGUCAAAUUUAUCGUGGCUUAGUCGCCGCGCGCGCGCGGCAAAUUCCCGCAUCGACAUACUCGCGAUAAUCCACGUUGUUAUUCUACUUUAACCGCGGAUUAUUAUUAUUAAUCGAUCUCCUCUACAAUCUUGCGCGGCGAUUUAUCGCGCCGCUAUCAAUAUCUCGUGGGCGUGCGUAACGAUCGUAUAAAUAUCGAGCGACAACUUUAUUUGUUACCACCAUUCUUACGCCGUCGCGGCCCAUUGAUUUAUGGAAGGAGGGUUUAUCGGAAUCAAAAGUUUAUAUCGUUACGACUUCACGCGGCGCGGCUCGUAAAUUCCGCGCGGUUUCGGAGUCUGGCCUGGCCUGAUCUGGCAUGGUCUGGCCGCCGCAUUGCGCCGCCGAUUACUCUUAUAUUUCAAUAUAAUUUACACCCACUUACCCUUCAAACCCGAACGAUAAAAUGAGUGAUUUAGAAUCGCAGACUCAUCGAGAGCUUUCACUUAUUUUCGCUCUCGUACUACUCCUGGCCGUUUUAUCCGAUCAAAGGAUUCGAUUUCGUACAAUAACAAUGAACACCAGUGGUUCGUGUCGCAACGUGUUCUGCAUUGCGAUUUUAUGUAUAGUAUACUGACAAAAUUGCACUUUUAAGAUAUUAGAAAUUAACUGUUCAGGUGAAUAAGAGGACCAUUCGUAUCCAGACAUCUAUAUACAUUCAAAGAAAUAUGAGAUCAAAAACAUUAUAGACAAAAAUGAAUGAAAUUUGAAUAAGUAUGACUCCGUGAAAAAUCAUCAUAUGCAUAUUCUUUUUUUAAAUUUAGGGGUAAAUUAUUUACUGUAAGAAGUUAUUGUUAGAUUGUUGUUUGAUGACAUCUUUGAUUUGCUAUUCCUCCAAAAGUAAGGACGUGAUUUUUAUGGUAAAAUCUACAUAUUUUGAUGGAAUUCAUAAAACUUGUAGCUUUAUGCAUUUCAUUUACGGGUUCAUAUAUAGAUCGAUUUUUUCCCUUCAAUUUAAAAUCAAUGAAAUUACGGGUACAAUAUUUUUCGCAAAAAUAUGUCACACAUACACAUAUUCCAAAGUUAUCCGUCAUUUUCAUCAUUUAUCACCGGUAUUGGCAUUAACCAUGGAUCACGAAAUAGUUGUCGGUCGGAUUUUGGAUAUCGUGCGCGUGCACGUAUGUUUAAUGCGUUCGAUUAUGUGUAAAUGUGUAUAUAUAUGUACGUACAUAAAUUUGCAUGUUAGAUAUGUAAAAUUGAGUUUUGGAUUUUAAUAUUGAGUAUUUGAGAGGUUUGGGAAGGCUAUCAAUCUACAAGCAUUAAAAAAAAUGCUAAUUCAAAUCUGAAAUGAAAUUCCUGAAGAGGAAAUAAGGGCCUGUGUCAACAUGCACUGACAGCUGGAAGAAGUGAUUACAUUUCGAGAGAGGAAUAUCCGACAUCAAACCGCUGGCGAUGCUGCGGUCGGCGGAUCACCUUCUUCUGCAUCCGAGCGGCGAGAUCGCGCUCCGAUUAUGAUGUGAGCUACUGAAGGUGGAAUCCUCAGGAAUCGCGAGGUCCUCGUAAUGGAGGCGGGACCAAAGCAACAGCAGCAGUCGCCGCAACAGCAACCGCCCCAGCAGCAGUCGCCGCAGCAGCAAUCCCCUCAGCAGCAUCAGCAGCAGCAGCAGCAGCAGCAGCAGCAGCAGCAGCAGCAGAACUCUCCCGGUGCUGGCGGUGCGGUUCAGCCUCAGGGCCAGGUCGUUGUACCUCAGGGUGGCGGCGCGACGCAGGGUCAAGGUCAGCAGACGCAGGAUGUGCUCGCAACGGCGGAGAACACCCCCGUCGACGAGGGUGUGCUGCUCGCCAGGGUCCACGUGCCCGAGCUCUAUGUCAGCAAGUGUCUACAGUUUCCCAAGGAUCAGCUGGUCUGGGAUGUGAAGCAGCAAUGCCUGGCGUCCUUGCCCAAGGUGGCCACUUGGUACAGGGAGCUGAAAGAGAGCUUCAAUUACGGCCUCUUCUGCCCGCCGGUGAAUGGAAAAGCCGGGAAAUUCCUGGACGAGGAGCGUCGCCUCGGCGAUUACCCCUUCAAUGGACCUGUCGGGUACUUGGAGCUCAAGUACAAAAGGCGGGUGUACAAGAUGCUGCAUUUGGACGAGAAGCAGCUCAAGGCAAUGCACACCAGGACGAAUUUGCGAAGGUUACUGGAUUAUGUGGCGAGUAGUCAGGUGGAGAAGAUCGCAAAGAUGUGCAGCAAGGGGUUGGAUCCCAAUUUCCACUGUCAGGAGACAGGAGAAACGCCGUUGACCUUGGCGACAACUUUAAAAAAGCCGUCAAAAGUCAUAAUCGCAUUAGUCAAUGGCGGCGCUCUGCUGGACUAUCGAACGAAGGAAGGCUUGACGGCGAUGCACCGCGCCGUUGAGAGAAACAGUCUGGAGGCGGUGAAAACGCUUCUGGAGCUGGGGGCCAGUCCGAACUACAAGGAUACGAAGGGCCUGACGCCGCUCUAUUACAGCGUCAUCUACAAAACCGAUCCGAUGCUCUGCGAAACGUUGCUUCACGAUCACGCGACGAUAGGAGCGCAGGAUCUCCAGGGCUGGCAGGAAGUUCAUCAGGCAUGUCGCAACAAUCUGGUGCAGCAUCUGGACCACCUGCUUUUCUACGGCGCUGACAUGAACGCGCGCAACGCGUCCGGUAACACGCCGCUGCACGUGUGCGCGGUGAAUAACACGGACGCCUCGUGUAUACGUCAGCUACUCUUCAGGGGCGCGCAGAAGGACAGCCUGAACUACGCGAACCAAACGCCGUACCAAGUCGCCGUGAUCGCCGGCAACAUGGAGCUCGCCGAAGUCAUCAAGAACUAUCAGCCGGAGGAAGUCGUACCGUUUAAAGGGCCGCCACGCUACAACCCGAAGCGACGCUCGGUGGCCUUUGCCGGCACCUCAAUGAUGACGACGAGCUGCUCGGCGAGUAAUCUGGGCACCCUCACCAGGAUACCGUCCACCGAACAGCACGCCGCGGCGUCUAUCGCCGCCGGCGGCACCCUCACCAGAACCGUCUCGGUGGAACAGUACGCGAGUAUCACGAGAGUAUCGUCCGCUGAGCAAUACGCCACCGCGGCGAAUCUGAACCGAGUACCGUCCACGGAGCAACCGUACCCUCCACCACCUCCGUCGUCCACCAGCGGUGGCACGCUCGUCCGGGUCGCGUCCGAGGAGAAGUACGCGCAGCACGGUGUGCUGAGCAGAGCCUCCUCCGGCGAACGAUACGACCCGGUCGCCACCCUGACCAGAGUACCGUCCUCUUCCGAGAAGUACCCGACCAGUACACUGACCAGAGUACCGUCCACGGAGCAGUACCCGGCCGUCGCGGCGAGCCUGAGUAGAGUACCGUCCACGGAACAGUAUCCCUCCAGCGGUAGUGUCGUAAACGUGGAGUCGACCGCCGCGAGCCACCAUCACGGAAGCCUCGGCAGAGUACCGUCCGUAGAGUCAAGCAGUCGAAACGACUUACCGAGAAUACCGUCCGAACAGAACGGCCACCGACUGACGUCGGAGUACCAGAGCCCGAACUCCUUGAGAGAUCCUAACGCGAGAUUACCGGCAGCCGCGGAGAAUUAUCAGAACUUAAGAAUGGAGGGUCUGACGAGGCUGCAAGAGCACCGGCUCGAGCUGCAGCACCGCCUCGAUAUGCACAGAACGAUGGAGAUGCCGCCGUCGCCGUCGCCGAGCAGCAGGAGUUUAGCGCCUUUCAGCUCGGCCAGCUCGAGCUUGUCCGAAGGCAGCAAUCAACCGUCCGGCGAGGACUCGGCCAGCAUCGUCACAGACAAGAGCCUCGGCGACACAGCGUCCGACGUGAUCAGCGACAGUUCCGGAGUGGGAACCUCGCAGUCCGACACGACCAAUUCGUUAUCCAUUCCCGGUACGACGGUGGUCUGUGUCGAAAGUUACAACAGCGGCAUCACCGGGCACCUGACUAUCAAUCAAGGCGACAUCCUCGAAGUCACCGGUGCUACUGACUGCGGCCUCCUGGAAGGGGUCCUGCGCGGACAAGGAACUGGCCUGUUUCCUGCGCAUUGCGUUCAGGAGGUCAGACUGCGUCACACAAAUAUACCGUUGGGCCCACAACCCGCCAGAGACGGACGGAACAGAGUCUUGGGCCGCAGAGAAUCACAGCACAAGUACUUUGCUACUGCGCCCAGAUUAAAGAAGCCUGUCACGUCGGAACCCCGUACUGUCGUUCUUCAUCGCUCGAGAAAAGGUUUUGGUUUCGUGCUACGUGGCGCCAAGGCCACUUCGCCGCUCAUGGAAUUGACGCCGUCCGCCAGAUAUCCGGCGCUGCAGUAUUUGGACGACGUCGAUCAAGGAGGUGUGGCGGAUCUAGCGGGACUCCGGAAAGGAGAUUUUCUUAUUCAAAUCAAUGGUGAGGACGUGACGACGGCGUCCCAUGAACGUGUGGUCGAUUUGAUCAGAAAGUCGGGAGAGUUGGUGCGAAUGACCGUGGUCUCGCCGGUGAUCAGUCUUCCGAAUUCCCAAUCGGCGGCUGCAUUGCCAACUAGUCAACCCAUCCAGAGACAGUAUGCAACUUUACCGCGCAAGGGCAAUAACAACGUGGUGAUUGGUGGUACGCUUGGCAGGUCUCCAGCUCCCGUGCCACCGCGAAGGGACCCAAAGACCACGUUAAGUGUAGGUCGAGCGAGAGCGCGGUCGAUGGUCGCAGGAUUAGAAGGAGGUGGUGAGAGAGAUGAUCGUGAUGAGAUCGCGUCGACGGGCGCAAAGUCGAGCAGCGCGGAAUCGAUCCAUCUGCCGCAGCAGCCGUCGACCGGAACCAACACCGGUCAAAACACGCCGGUGCAACCGCGAACAGCCAGCAUCCGGUCCAGACCGACCUCCAGCAGGAUCACCGCUGCGGAACUCGAAGAACUAUUUCAGCGGCAGCAGGGUAGCGCCGGCAGUCAGUACAGCUCGUCCAUGAUGAGCUCUCACUUUCAGACCGGUCAGUCUACCAAGUCGCAUCCGUCGUCGCCCGCUAAGACCGGCAGGGUGUACGCGAGCGUGGCGGAGAUGAAGCGCAAGGGCAAAUCGCACUCGAGAGUACGCUUCUUCGGUGGCUUGGGCGGCGGUUCCGAUCUUCACAGAGACUUCCAUAGCACGCCUGAUCUCAAUGUGCAAGUGCAGUCGUCGUCCCUCCUGGCUCCCAAAGGACACAGAAGCCAGGAGGACGUAAACGCCCUGAACGGUAGAAACGGGCUUCCACCACCGAACCAUCCGCCGCCACCUCCGCCGGUCGGACAAGUCGUUAAAGUGAAUGUCGGUGCCAACGUACCGGACGUUGUUACUCCGGCUUCCGUUUACGACAACAUGGCGCACAUUCAACAAGUCAAAGAAUUAGCGGCGGCCACGGUCGAGGGUGUCUACGGUGUAAUGUCGAGCUUCCGACCGUCGAACAGUGCAAAGUUGUACGCCUCACCGGAGGACAUGAAAACCGUCGGAUAUCGUUCGCGUAGUUUACCGGCGACUCGCUCACACAUCAGGAAGUCCCACAGUCUCCGCGCGCCCAACACGACGUUCAAGCCGCCCGGUAGCCAACAGACGUUAAACAACAACGCGGUGGCUAAUAGCUGCGCCAACGGAAAUGCCAACAACCAGUACGCGCAGCCGUUGAAGACCAACAGGAGUCACAGCAUGGUCGGCAUCCGCGAGCGCAAGAAGAAGAGCAUGAGCGCUAGCUCAUCCGUCACGAAUCUCUCGUCGAUCGUGUCGUCCGGCGCCAAUGGUGGGCCCACACCGCCCAGCUCGGCGCCGCCGAUCCCCGAGCCGGAUUACAGUCUGUCGGAAUCGGAGAACGAUGACGACGAGGGCGAAGACGAGACGGACGAGGACGGUGAGUCGGAAAUUGCGAAGGAGCUGGAGAAGGCAGCUGCGCGCGAGAAACUCGAAGCGACGCGAGAAACAUCGGGCAAUUCCAACACAUCCGGCUCGAGUUCGUCGGGUAGCGGCUCAUUGCCGCAUUCAUUCAGCGUCGAGGAAAUUCAGAAGGUGCGCACACAGCUGAAGUCCUCCAAGAGUCAUCCAAACGACUUUUUGCUACAGCAGACACAGCAAUCGCUCGCCGAGGAUGGUGACAAUAGUUCGAGCGGUGUCAGUUCCGAUCAAGAUAUACCGGUGGGUCCGCCCAUGGGUUUCGACGACACCGCCAAUCUGCGGAAUCUCGUCAAUGAGAGUAAUCAGCAUUCGGGUGCGACUUUGAUGACUGUUGGUCCGAUGGAGAAGGAGGGCAGCAAUCCCAAAAUUCGAUCGGGCUACGGAGGCAGUGGUCUGUUGACCAGGCAUGCGGUCAGUCUGGCCCAACUACCGCCACCGAUCGAGGCUGACGCCGAAGAACAAAACAACGAUAUGUUCGUGCCACCGCCACCGGAAUUCAACGCCGGCCCGUCUGCCGGCCAGGACGAGAUGGUAUUUGCACCGCCGCCACAGUUCUGCGACAACCGACAGCAACAACAGCAGCAACAGCAGCAGCAGCAACAGCAGCAGCAACAACAACAGCAACAACAACAGCAGCAGCAACAACAACAACAACAGCAAACUCCACAGAACCGCGUGAAGAUAAUUGGCGCGAUACCCAAAGUCGUCGGGAAUCAAGUGAAAGCGUCGGGUGGCGGACGGUUGCAGUAA